CUUGCUUCCAUUACCGGUGCCACACGUCAUUUCCCACAACAUAUCUACCGUGCAGUGUAUGAACUAGCGGGCGAUGUGCUGUGCUGGUUAUGGCUGCUAGAGGUGAUGUGACCCGGGCUAUCCGUAUCCCGGGCCGGCACGGCUAUGCAGUGGAGUUCUCCCCAUAUAGCCCUUCUCGCCUGGCUUGUGCCUCAUCUCAGAACUAUGGCAUAUCAGGUUGUGGAACGCUGGUUGUGCUAGAACAAACUGAAACUGGCAUUGUUGUUCUUAAGAGUUUUGACUGGAGUGAUGCGCUGUUUGAUGUGACGUGGAGUGAGAUUAAUGAGAAUAUUGUGGUAACUGCCAGUGGAGAUGGAUCUCUACAGCUGUGGGAUAUAGCAAAUCCACAAGGGCCACUACAAGUCUUCAAAGAACACACACAAGAGGUUUACAGUGUCGAUUGGAGCCAAACCAGAGGAGAGCAGCUGUUAGUAUCUGGUUCAUGGGAUCACACAGCAAAACUGUGGGAUCCAUCGGUUGGGAAGUCACUCUGCACCUUCACAGGUCACGAAAAUAUUGUAUACAGCAGCAUUUGGUCACCCCACAUUCCUGGCUGCUUUGCCACUGCUUCAGGUGAUCAGACUCUGAGGAUUUGGGAUGUGAAAACACCUGUUUCAAAGCUAGUGAUUCCAGCCCAUCAGACAGAAAUAUUAAGCUGUGAUUGGUGCAAAUACGAUCAGAAUUUGCUUGUGACUGGUGCAGUUGAUUGCAGUUUGAAAGGCUGGGACUUGAGAUCUGUACGGCAGCCUGUCUUUGAUCUUCACGGUCAUACAUAUGCAAUCAGGCGAGUUAAAUUUUCACCGUUUCAUGCCAGCAUGUUGGCAUCGUGCUCCUAUGACUUCACUGUGAGAUUUUGGGACUUUUCCAAGCCAUCACCCCUUAUUGAAACUGUGGAACACCAUACCGAAUUUGCCUGUGGCCUUGAUUUCAGUGUUCUUGUUCCUGGGCAGGUAGCGGACUGUGCUUGGGAUGAAACAGUGAAAAUAUACACUCCGUCCUGCUUUCCAUUACUUCUGUCAAAAUAAGUUUUCCUGAUACAGUAAUACAAGAAGAGGGAUGAAAAUAUCUGUGGUCAAUAAUGAAGAGUUUUUUAGAUCUGAUCUUUUUUUUCAGCAAUUCCUGUUUUGUCUCUUUUCUGUUUAAUUAACAUUGAUCUUGAGAAAUAUUUUUGUGUUCAAUGGGUACUGUGAGUAAAGGAGAAGCUAUCUGUGUUAUGGUGUUAUCAUAUAUACUCUAUGAUAAUCCGUUUCUUCACAUUCAGAGUGACAGGUGUUAGAAAUCUGCUCAUACAUUGCCCCACAUUCUGCUUGUUUUUCAUGAGGUUUCUUUCCUUCUAACCUGGCUGUAUCCUAACCUGUGACCUGGUAGAAAGAAGAAGAGUAUAUACAAAAUGAGCCAUAAUACCAUUAGCAUUUAGAAGGUUUCUAUGUUCUGUAACUUAGUGUAAGAUAAGCUAAAGAAUGCUCAUAGACUGUCACUGGACAUGAAGAUGUUGAUUUAUUGUAUUCUUGUUAUUUAUGCCUGAAGCUUGUUAAUUACAAAUAUCCUUAGAUGAUACAGACUAGGUGCUCUUGAGACUUCAUAAAGACUUAGGGGUAGAUUAUGAAAUUUUGGACGGACAUGAUAAGCUGUAGCGAAUCAUGUCCACCCGACAUCGCUAAAUGCCGACAGCAUACACUGUCUGCAUUUAUCAUUGCACAAGCAUUUCUGGUAAAAUGUUUGGUGUCAAUCAUCCUGAUCGUAUCCAAUUGGGAAGAUUGCUGUCCACCACCUCAGAGGACCGCUGCUGUCCACCACCUCAGAGGCUCGCACGAAAACAGCUGUGUCCGCAGCAUAAUAAAUCUACCCAAUAAUAUGGACUUAUUUGAAAACUGAGUUUUGAUACUACUGUUGCACCUAGUAAGAAGCACCAGCUAUUACAUAAAUAAAAUGGUUUCAUUUGAUACUGCAUACUCAGUGGCAAUUUCAAAUAAACGAAAGAUUUUAAUAAA